GUAAUUUUUCAUCCAAUUUUCGGUUUAAUGGUUUCAUCAUCCGAAGACGCUACCAUUAAAAUUUGGGACUUCGAAACUGGGGAAUACGAAAGAAGUUUAAAAGGUCACACAGACUCUGUGCAGGAUGUCGCUUUUGAUGCUCAAGGCAAACUCUUAGUGUCUUGCAGUGCUGACUUGUCUAUAAAAUUGUGGGACUUUCAACAAAGUUACGAAUGCAUUAAAACAAUGCAUGGCCAUGAUCAUAAUGUUUCGUCUGUAGCGUUUGUUCCCGCUGGAGAUUAUGUGAUUUCAGCGUCUCGGGAUAAAACCAUCAAAAUGUGGGAAGUGGCUACCGGGUACUGUGUGAAAACAUACACUGGACAUAGAGAAUGGGUGCGCAUGAUUCGUGUGCACUUCGAUGGUGCCAUUUUUGCAUCUUGUUCGAAUGACCAUGCCAUUCGCAUAUGGCUAACUAGCACGAAGGAUUGUAAG